AUGGGUAGAACGAAUAGACAGAUAUUGUCUGGUGGUAAGGAUUAUGCUGCUAGAAAGUCAAAAGAGUUUGGUGUAACUGAUGUUGACUUCAAUAAGGAUGAUAGGUUGGAGUAUUUAACAGGGUUCCAUAAGCGUAAGCUACAAAGGCAAAAGAAGGCACAAGAGUUUCAAAAAGAGCAAGAGAGGUUGGCAAAGAUUGAGCAAAGGAAAGAGAUGAGGGAAGAGAGGAAGAGGCAGAUGGAGGAGAAUUUGAAACAGUUUCGUAAAGGUUUGGAUUUGGAGAAAGAAAUUAAUGGAAGCGAUGAGGAUGAGGAUGAUGAUAAUAAGGAGCCGGAAGAAAAGAAAGAUGAAUCCGAAUUGGAGAAUGCAGAGGAGUGGUAUGGAUUUGAUCAAAAACCAAUUCUAAAGUCCUCUUAUCCAGACGCGGAGGUCAGUAUAGAAACGUUGGAACCAAAUGAUAAUUUGGAUUUGUUGGCUAAAGCUAAUAAUGUUAAAUUGGAUGAAUCUGACCAAAUAUUGAAGCAGAGCAUUUCAAGGGCUGGUAAGUAUGCUAAAUUUUUAGGUAUGGAGGAAGCUCCAAAACCAAAGAAGAAGAAGUUUAGAUAUUUGACUAAAGGUGAAAGAAAAGUGAAUCAAUUAAAGGCUAACAAGAGCAAAAGACGUAAGUGA